ACACACAUGCACACCGGGACACACUCGUCGUCUCUUCUCUCAGCUUGUGCUGACUUGAAUGGACACUCUUGUUCAAAUUAGGUCGAGGUCCAUGGUGUUUCUGUUUGUCUGCUACUGGGACAGGGAAGGGCGUCAUGGGACUGUGCGAUUGGAGCCAGACUCAUGCUAGUCAUAUGAGCUUCACCGAAAACAGGAAAGAGAGACAGAGAGAGAGAGGGGGGAGAGAGAAAGUUUCUAGGAAGUGAGAGAGGAGGAAGAUGGAGGAUUUGAGAUGGAGGGUCAGGGCCAUGGCUGCUGUGUGUGUCCGGAAUUGCUGCUGGUGCUGUGUUGAGGUCGAAGAAGAUGGCGAAAGAGGGAAGGAGGAGGGGAUGGAGGAGGAGCAAGAGGAGGAGGGAAUGGAGGAGCCCCCAUCUCCAAAGAGCAGGAGUGUCGCGUCCUUACCAUCUGCUGAGUUGGAUGAGGCAGACUCGUCCUACUCCAAGCCCCAGCCUCACUGGUUUCACACGCUGCAGGUCCGCAGGCUGACGGUCCAGAGAGGACGCAGCAACAGUGACCCUAUGGGGGGAAAGAGUUUCGAUCAGGACUUCCAAUGGAAAACAGGCCUACAGUUUGGCACAGCCAACUCCUACCUGAACCUGGAGAAGAUAGGGGAGGGGACAUACGCUACAGUCUACAAGGGAAUCAGCCGGAUAAACGGGCACCUGGUGGCCUUGAAGGUGAUCCGUAUGAAGACUGAAGAAGGCGUGCCAUUCACUGCCAUCCGGGAGGCUUCCCUCCUGAAAGGCCUGAAACACGCCAACAUUGUCCUGCUCCAUGACAUCAUCCACACCAAAGAGGCACUCACAUUUGUCUUUGAGUACGUACAAACAGACUUGGCUGAGUAUAUGACGCAGCACCCAGGGGGCCUGCAUUCCUACAAUGUCAGGAUCUUCAUGUUCCAGCUACUGCGGGGUCUGUCCUACAUCCACGGUCGGAGGAUCCUGCACCGGGACCUCAAACCCCAGAACCUGCUCAUCAGCUACCUGGGGGAGCUCAAACUGGCUGACUUCGGGCUGGCCCGGUCCAAGUCCAUCCCGUGCCAGACCUAUUCGUCUGAGGUGGUCACUCUGUGGUACCGGCCUCCUGAUGUCCUCCUGGGUUCCACUGAUUACUCCACUGCUCUGGACAUCUGGGGAGCUGGAUGCAUCUUCAUUGAGAUGCUCCAGGGAACGCCAGCCUUUCCAGGGGUGGCAGACGUCUUUGAGCAGCUGCAGAAAAUAUGGGCUGUCGUAGGGGUCCCGACUGAGGAGAUGUGGCCAGGAGUGAACGAGCUGCCCAACUUCAGACCAGAGUGGUUUCAACCGUGUGCGCCCCAGCAAUUCAGGAAUGUUUGGAAAAGACUGUCCCAGUUGCCCUAUAAGACAGAGGACCUGGCCCAGCAGAUUCUGAUCACCAUCCCACGAGACCGCAUCUCGGCCCAGGAUGCACUGCAGCACCCCUAUUUCAACACGCUACCGCCCCCCAUCAUGCAGCUACGAGACAGUGAGUGUAUGUGUGUGUGUGUGUGUGUCACUCCACAUCAAUGAAACACAUAACAUAUCAAUCUAUCUAUGCAAUAUGAAUUUGUGUUUUUUUGUCAUAGUAAUGACAGUCAAGUGAUGCAUAAUGUGUGUGUGUAUGUGUCACUACACCUCAAUAAAACCCAUAACAUAUCAAUCUA